GGCGCGUUCGCUCCCUCGAGCGUGCGGGGGACGCCUUUGUCCCACGGACUGACUCGGCUCGUCUGAGGCGAUGCUGUCUGCGGGGAAGAAAGCGACCGCGGCGGAGGCUCCGGUAGGCGGCGGCGCAGGCGGCCCGGCGAGCGAUGGCUCUGCCGAAGCCCCGGCGCCCCCUCCGCCGCCACCCCCUCCGCCUCCUCCGCCACCCCCUCCGCCGGCCCUGUCGGGCUCUCUGGGCUCCUCGGAGGGCGGAGGCGGGCCCUCGGGGCCCUCGGAGCGCACGCCCCGCAAGAAGGAGCCUCCGCGCGCCUCGCCGCCGGGGGGCUUGUCCGAGCCGUCUCCCCCCGCGGGGCCGGGGCCCGUCGGGGGCUCCGAGACCACUGGCAUCGCCGAAACCCCCGAGGGUCGCAGGACCAGCCGCCGGAAGCGGGCCAAGGUGGAAUAUAGAGAAAUGGACGAAAGCCUUGCUAACCUUUCUGAAGAUGAGUAUUACUCUGAAGAAGAAAGGAAUGCUAAAGCAGAAAAAGAGAAAAAGCUGCCUCCUCCCCCUCCCCCACCACCUCCUGAGGAAGAGAAUGAAAGUGAGCCAGAAGAGCCAUCUGGGCAAGCAGGAGGACUUCAAGACGACAGUUCUGGAGGGUAUGGAGACUGCCAAGCAUCAGGUGUGGAAGGUGCAGCUUUCCAGAGCAGACUUCCACAUGAUCGGAUGACGUCACAAGAAGCUGCUUGUUUUCCGGAUAUCAUCAGUGGGCCACAGCAGACUCAGAAGGUGUUCCUUUACAUCCGAAAUCGGACGUUGCAGCUUUGGUUGGAUAACCCAAAGAUUCAGUUGACGUUUGAAGCAACACUACAACAGUUGGAAACACCCUAUAAUAGUGAUACUGUGCUUGUUCACAGAGUCCACAGUUAUCUGGAACGGCAUGGCUUGAUCAAUUUUGGCAUCUACAAAAGAGUGAAGCCCCUACCAACUAAGAAGACUGGCAAGGUGAUCAUUAUUGGUUCUGGGGUCUCCGGCUUAGCAGCAGCUCGCCAGCUACAGAGCUUCGGAAUGGAUGUCACACUUCUAGAAGCAAGAGAUCGUGUAGGGGGCAGAGUUGCCACUUUUCGCAAAGGAAACUAUGUUGCAGACCUAGGAGCCAUGGUAGUAACAGGACUUGGAGGAAACCCAAUGGCUGUGGUGAGCAAGCAAGUAAAUAUGGAACUGGCCAAAAUAAAACAAAAGUGUCCACUCUAUGAAGCCAAUGGACAAGCGGUUCCAAAGGAGAAAGAUGAAAUGGUAGAGCAAGAGUUCAAUCGUUUGCUGGAAGCUACUUCAUAUCUCAGCCACCAGCUGGACUUCAAUGUCCUUAAUAACAAGCCUGUCUCCCUGGGUCAGGCUUUAGAAGUCGUCAUACAAUUGCAGGAGAAGCAUGUGAAAGAUGAACAGAUUGAACACUGGAAGAAGAUAGUGAAAACUCAAGAAGAGCUUAAAGAUCUUCUUAAUAAGAUGGUGAACUUGAAAGAGAAGAUAAAGGAGCUCCACCAGCAGUACAAGGAGGCAUCUGAAGUAAAACCGCCUCGAGACAUCACUGCAGAGUUCCUUGUGAAGAGUAAGCAUAGAGAUCUUACUGCUCUGUGUAAGGAGUAUGAUGAGCUGGCUGAAACACAAGCAAAGCUGGAAGAGAAGCUUCAGGAACUAGAAGCCAAUCCUCCAAGUGAUGUUUAUUUAUCAUCAAGGGACAGGCAGAUUCUUGACUGGCAUUUUGCAAAUCUUGAAUUCGCCAACGCCACACCACUCUCUACUCUGUCAUUGAAACACUGGGACCAGGAUGAUGAUUUUGAGUUCACAGGCAGUCAUCUGACUGUGAGAAAUGGUUAUUCCUGUGUGCCCGUGGCUCUGGCUGAAGGAUUGGACAUUAAACUUAACACAGCCGUUCGGCAGGUUCGCUACACAGCUUCAGGAUGUGAAGUGAUAGCUGUCAACACCCGGUCCACUAGCCAGACAUUUAUUUAUAAGUGUGAUGCUGUUCUCUGUACCCUUCCCUUGGGAGUGCUGAAGCAGCAGCCUCCUGCUGUACAGUUUGUUCCUCCUCUUCCGGAGUGGAAGACAUCUGCUGUGCAGAGAAUGGGAUUUGGAAACCUUAACAAGGUUGUGCUGUGUUUUGACCGUGUGUUCUGGGAUCCCAGUGUAAAUUUGUUUGGUCACGUUGGCAGCACAACAGCCAGCCGAGGAGAGCUUUUCCUGUUUUGGAAUCUUUACAAAGCACCAAUUCUUCUGGCCUUGGUGGCAGGUGAAGCAGCCGGAAUAAUGGAGAACAUCAGUGAUGAUGUCAUUGUCGGGCGCUGUCUUGCAAUUCUCAAGGGCAUUUUUGGCAGCAGUGCUGUCCCUCAGCCUAAGGAAACGGUAGUAUCUCGUUGGAGGGCAGACCCAUGGGCCAGAGGAUCCUAUUCCUAUGUAGCAGCUGGAUCUUCAGGAAAUGAUUAUGACUUGAUGGCUCAGCCAAUUACUCCGGGACCAGCCAUUCCAGGAGCUCCCCAGCCAAUCCCCCGCCUGUUCUUUGCAGGAGAACAUACAAUUCGCAACUACCCAGCGACUGUUCACGGAGCUCUGCUUAGUGGACUGAGAGAAGCUGGACGCAUUGCAGACCAGUUUCUCGGUGCAAUGUACACUCUGCCUCGCCAAGCUACUCCUGUUGCAGCUGCACAGCCGGCUCCUGCCAUGUAAUGUUGCACUGGGUUAUGAAUGCCUUGCAUGGACUUGUGAUUAGAAGCAAGUGGCCUUCCUGGUCUGUAGCACUACCAAUUAUAAGGCGUAACCAGGAGUCAAAAGCAUCGCCCCUGUUGAGCGGCCUUCCUAGACUUCAGUCAUCCAAGAAUGCAGUUCCUGAACUGCCACAGCAACCUCAAUUCUCUGGAGCGGUGCACCUUCUUCCCCCAAAUCCAGACUUCUGGUCUCUCUUGACAGAGAUCUAUUUUGGUACAGGUGUGUGUGUGUGUUUGUUUCUUUCUUUCCAAGGUUUAGAACUCUUGUAAGUUAGCUGUUGUUAGUCACUAAGGUAAGAUUGUCUUAUGUGGGUUUUGUUUUAGGAAUCAAAAAUAAAACUUCAUUUUUUAUAAAAACACGGACAACAGAAACACAGGUUCUUUUCAUUUUGAGUAUGAUGCAGGAUGCAAUGGCUUACUACUGUCUGCUAUAUGUAACUAAAAAGUUACAGAUUAGAUGCCGGUUAAGAAUCCUCAGAGAUGUGAGGGGAAAUGGCUCAGUAACUCAAAGUGCUUAGAAUGGGUACUUGGAGGAAGCAUAUUGAAUCUGGACAGUUACAGAUAAAUGCUGGUUCUUGCUAGGAAGUUAAAGGUGGAAUCGGUUUUGGUGCAAGCAAAGUAUGUGCUGGGAUUUGAUGCUAAGUAAGGGGAUAUUCAAAGGCCAGGACAAGGAAGAACAAAAUUGGGAGGACACCAAGGACUGAGAAACUAUAUUUAUACUUGUUUUGUAGUGAGAUUCCACUCUCUUGGCCAGGCUCUGAAUCCUGUGUUUCAUGGCCCAGUGUCUCAUCCAGUCCUGCCUUCAUUUGACAGGGUUGCCGGGGGGCAAGAAGUACCUGAUAUGCACGAAGGCAGGUUUUCUUGUAAAUCCUAUUCUAUUAUUAAUUUCAGGGGCUUAAUUUCAGGGACAAAAAUUGUAUUGUGCAGGUCCAAAAAAUGCCUGAAAAGGUGCUAACUAUUUAGCACCCAUGUGGAUCUUGAACAAGUCAAUGCUGUUCUUUGUACUUAGAGCUGUUGCCAGAACACUGUGGGGUGGGGUAUGCAAAAUUGGCUGGGCUUUUUUCUUCUUCACAAGAAGCAAAAGGUUUUUUUCCAUCUCAAAGCAAUUCACACAUUUGAGUAACAUACAAAUAGUUUUAUUGAUUAAGUACUGUAGAACAGACAGCAUUAGUCAGAAGAUAACAUGCGGACAAAUGUUUGCAUUUAAACAUAGCAUGCAGACUUGUUGCUCUGUGACUAGCAGGCUAGCACCACCUGCUGUCCCGUGUGCAGGCAGGUUUGGGAGGUGAAAGAGCAGGGCCUUUCCCCAGCUGAACAUACUAGCACCACAGUGCUUCCUUUUGAGUCAGGAGUGGAGUGAUUGGGACAGUGCUGGUAGCUUUCUGGGUUCUGGAGGGCUGGCAAAUGAGGAUCUCUGAACACAUUUCGCUAAAAAUUGCACUUGCUUUCUCUUAACCUGAAAGCGAGAGAAUGUUAAGGCAGGAGAUGCUCAUCUGCCUGCAAGCACACCCAUGUCAUGAUUCGACAAUCCCUUUCCACCCAGUGUUAACAUUAGCAAGUAGAAAAAAUAUAUUUUCAUCUCUUAAAAAUACAUUCCACACAAUCUGAAGGAUUCUCAAGUGUUUAUAAAUGGCAGGAAGACCAGCGUGCCUUCCCCCUUGUGCAGGCGUGGAAGGAGUAGACUGUACUCCCAACAGCCACAGAAAGGUUGAGCAAAUCCUUUGGUCUCUAGCCAAGAGGAAAGAGAAAGGGGAGGAAGGAUGUGGGCCCUGCACUGCAGUACCUUCACCACUUUAUCCCUCUUUGGAUAUGAAGUUGGGGUUUCAACUGAAGCAGCAAGAUAUUUUGUGGGGUUGUCUUCCACUGAUGCCCAGGGUAGAGGGGUGGCAUCAUGUAAGCCUCUCUCGUCUCAUACAAUUCCAAAAAGCCUGUGAGGCAAUCAAUGUCCUGGCUGCUUGGGUCCCUUCUGACAAAUCUAUGGCUAAAACUCUAGGUUCUUGGCACUCUUGACAUCUUGUCGCAAAACCAGAGAUGACCUGAGGACGUAUGGCGUUACCUUACACUGGGCUGGUCUAUCCAAGUAUUGUCAAUGGACUGGCUCUCUUUCAAAGCCUUGUGAAUCCAGGACUGUCUGCAUGCAAAUCAUCUGCUCUACCACUGAGCUAUGGUCUCUCUCUAGCUUUUCAUAGGAGAAGCAGUUCUGCUUUUUGCAAUGAAGGAAGGUGAAGGAGCAGAUCUUACUAGGCUAUGCAACGUUGUGCGGGCUGUACAUGAGGGCAAUUGUGACCUCCAGUUGGAAGAAGUUGCUUUUUUUGUUUCUUGGCAUAAAAAGGAAUAAUCACAUGCAGCACAUAUAAUUACAACACUGGAAUUGUUUUUGUUUGUUUUUUACACACAAAUUUUCAGCAUUAGAAAGUCCCUGGGGGAUUCCUACUGUAUUUAUAUGCUACAGUUAAAACAAAAAAAAACUUGCCAAAAUGCUGGCAAAUAUUUACAAAUACACUUUACAGCUGUUUAUUUUUAAAGUGUGCAACUUGAGCCAAACAGCCUCUUGUUUCCUGAACUCACCACUGCUAGUUCAAUAAUACAAUCAGCUCCUAUUGCACUCAGGAUUAAGGUCUCCUUAGGGUUUUAUCAUCCUUUUUUAUGGGGCCAUCAAUAAAAUAACCCCCAACUGAUACUGUAAUGGAUAUUUACAUUCAUUCCUUAUGCUUAGUGAAAUGUAAGACUAUCAACAGACCCCAGGCCUGAAAAACAUAAAGGGAGGGGGUUCCUCCACCCUGAAGCAAUAAACUAGCUAAAAUAACUCAGGGCAAAUUCAUUUCUCUUUUGGGGGGAGGCGGGGGAUCCAUAACGUGCCUCCAGAAAGGCAGCAGCAACCUCAUCCAUCAAGCCCUUUUGCCAAAGCUGAGGCAGAUUCCUUGGUUAAGCAAGGCCAGGUGUUGCUGUUAUAAAACCUUCCUAACUAAUCUGAGGGGGGGGGGCUUGUAUUCUUCCUCUUCCCAGCUGCUCAAGUAUGUUCUAGGGAUGUGGAACCUGUGGCCUUCCAGCAAUAGUUGACUUGCAACUCCCACCAGCCCCACCCAGGAUAGUGGUCAAACUCUAGCUGGAGGGGUCACAAGCUCCCCAUCUAGGGAACAAAGGCCUAAGACAAAGAUAACUGGUUCCUUUAAGUUUUCCCUUUUUGUAAAAAUCUGGACUGCCACUGGGUCAUUUCUUCUCCAGCAAAGAUGAAGAGGACUUUGCUAUGUCCACUUGGCAAGCGAUAGGUAUCAGUGCGGCUUUCAGAGGUGCUGUCAGCCUAGGAACAAGGGACACUUGCCCUCAUCCUUCUGUGUUUGGCUCAAAUGCCAAACCCCUUUAUUCUUGGGCGACUUUUACUUGGACCCAGAUACCUAGCUUCCUGACCCUGAGCACUCAGUCCUGUGGAGAAAGUGUCGUUCAGAAUGAUCUUUUGCACCAGUGCGUGUAUGGUUAAACUUGUGAACGCAUUAGUCAUGCAGAAAAGAGUUUCAAAUUCAAGUGAAUAAUCUCUAGUUCUUAUGGUAAACUGAGUGCUCAGAGGGGGUGGAGCAUUUUCCAGAUCCUGUGAGAAGUUUGUAGUGUUGAAUGUGGACAAGCCAGCUUUCCAACUGGGUGAAAAAAUACCUGGCUUGUCGUUUGCAUUGUAGGGUUUCUUUUGCACUAGAAAAUCAGGCAGGGCGUUCUAAGGGCACUCAAAGUGUCACUGCUUUGAACAGGCACAAUGAAAAUGGCUCCAAUUUCAUCAUGCAGAGGAGGGGAAAUGUCCAUUAAGGCUGCAUUCCUAAGUAUAAUUACAGACAAACAAGUCCAAGAGGAACUUAUUUUCAUAUAAAUAAGUUUCAGUAAGGGGCUUAUUAUCACUUUAUGAACUAGUGGUUUUGGAACUGGUGCACGUCACAGGAAAGUCUAGGCAUUUAUGACCCAGCCAAACAAACGGCUCAGAUAGCAACACCCCUCUCCCUGUUGGUGGCUUGCUUUAAUUUUCAAGUAGGCUGAGAUCCAACAUCAGCGUUGAAUCAAACUUUUCAGGUGCUAAAGUGCUUUCUUGAAUCAACUACGAAAUGGCUUUUAAUUUUUUUUUUAAGCAAAAACAAUCACCAUCCUACUUUGGAUUAAAUCACACACACACCCGUUGAAUGCUAGGCGGGCACCAUCUGAGCAUGACGGGGUGUGUCAGUUCAAAAUGGCUGCUUACAGAUCAGUUAUUGCUGAGACCUUUAUGUAAACAGACUACCCAUCAAUGGAAGCAAGCUAAAAUCUGUGAAUUGCGCCCCUCCCCCGUGAGAGGCCUGUAAUUUGUGAAUGAAAGUGGGACCACAGAUAUGCUGUGAUUACAUCACAAAGAGAUGGGAGCAUAAAACACCAGGUUCUAGACCUCAACACUGAAAAUAUGCGUGAAAGCGCAUGGGCGAUAUUUGAGAUGAUCUCAUUGUUUGGCUUCUGUGCCUUCCCCAGUCUACUGACCAGCGGGAGAGCAUGUGAAAAUGUGAAUGAUUCAUACAAGUUGCAGAAGUUAACUUUUGUUAGCACAGUUUGGGGAAUAAUAAUAAUAAUAUUAAUAAAAAGAUGGUGCACACCUUUCUGCCCACCUCUGUGAGAAAUUGGUAUGUAACAAUGGUGCCUUUUAUAGCAUUGCUAGCCAAACUCAGGGGCAUGUAAACUUAUUCUUAGAACACUCAUGCUUCAAGGUCCUCCUGAAGCUUGUGAACACUUUUAACCACUUGGUCCGAUAAAUGGCACCAUUGUCUGCAUUCUGUGCCUCUCACAUCUGAAACAGUUAAAAUAUUUUUUAAAAAAAAACAUUUGGCUGAAUUAAAAACUGUUGGGUAAAGAAUAGGAACCACAGCAAACCUCAGUUAUUUCUAAAGGCUCACAAUUUUUUUUUAAAAAAAGGUAAAGAAGUAAAUUAUGGGUGUUUUUUUUCUAAGCCAGGUUUUUCAUCUGAACCCCUGGAAGCCUAGCCCGAUGCUCUUGGCUUUCCAAUAGAGUUGUAGGCCUCACCUAACUGUGCAUGUGUAAACUCCGUGCAGAAUGAAUGCGCUUUAUGCACCAAACCCAUGUGGCGAUGCAUUGCUAAUGCACAUUAAACUCUUUACCUAACUUUUAAAACAUUGUUUUGUUCCCAAUUCCUGUUCAUGGGGAUUGAAACUGAGCUGCCUCCUUCUUAAGUCUGAAUGGAUUACCUCUGCUUGGAGGGAGAGUGGCGGGGGGACUGUUCCUCGAGGGAACAGUGCUGUCCGACCUGCCACCAAAUGGAUACCUAGAAAAGCCCGGCAGGGGCGGUGGGUAUAAAACACUUACGUUACAGCAGCAUCUAAGCCUUAUGUGCCAAAUGCAUGGGGGAAGACUGAGAAGACUAGGCCAAGGUGAGCAGCUGCCGUGGCACUGGUGGAGUCCAACGUGCUGACUCGGGUGCAGAAGAGGGCAAUCGCUGUGUCUCUGGAUGAGUCUCCGCUGGUUGCUUUACCCAUGCAAGUGAAGAGUGAGGUAGCAGAAAUAAAGGAAUAACAUCCCCCCCCCCCCGCGGAUAUGUUGAGGUGCUGAAAAAAAGAGCCUCUUCUUCCCCACUUCUCUGAGCAGGUUGUGCCAAAAGCCCAGUGGCUGCCCCAGUCCUGAGGUGUGGUGCAGCCCACAUUGAGGCCUCAGGCUGUUAGUUCAAGUAAUGCGCCAAAGGCUCUUCCAAGCAAGCAAGGCCCCACGGAGCACUCCGCCUCCUUUGGCUGGGAUGACAUGGGGCUCAGGGUGUCGGCGAGGUUUCUUGCUCCGCCUGGUUUGACUCCAGCCAGAGUUUGGAUCCUGCGAGGCUUGCGGGCAAGGAAUGAAGACAAGAACUCAAGCGCUCGGGGAGGGAAGGGACUGCUUCCUCAGCACGCAGCCUGCAGAGCGGGAGAUGGGCGAAAAUCUUGGAUGUCACGCUUAUUGCUUAUGUGUCGGGCUCAGGCAGACGUUCCUUGCAAGCGGCCAAGCCACUGCAGUGCAGGUAUGCUGCGAGAGAGCUAUGGCUGAUGGGGAGCAAUGGCCUUGGAGUGGGGUUCCUGGAACUGUGUCAUUCCCCUCCCCGCAUCAUCCUUUCCGGAGCGGCAUCUCAGAGAGUACUUGUGGCACGCGGAAACCAGCUUCUUUGUAAUGUAAACUUCUUUCAGAAGAUGGAACAGCAAAAAUCCGGCGAGGAAUGGAAAUUCUCAACAUGCCGUUCUGGGCUCUUGAGAUCCGGCAAACGGGUGUGUCUGGGGCGGUUCUCGCUUUGCAGUGGUUACCAACACCGACCUGCACACACAAAAAACACCUCUUGCUUCCCCAGGAAAAAGCACAGCAGAUGGCAGAGGUCAAGGCUGUUCGCCUCAAAGGUUUGUCCAACCUGAUCCAAAGUUAUUGGGUACCUCUUAGAGAGAUGCAGAGCCGUUCACCAGCCAUGGGUUACCAUUGAUUCAAGCUCAAUAAGACUGCAGAGUGGGAUUCCCCUGAGCGAAGUGUCUGCGGCCUCCUCCAGGGAGGAGAAGGAAAACACAAAGCCACCUUUUAAAAAAAUAAAA